AUGUCGGCGGUACCUCCAACCUUGAUCAAUCUGCCUCCCCCGGACAUGGACGCUCUGACGCCCUCCGAUGCCCCUGGCACUCCCAAUUCUACCACUACCUCCAUGUCGGAGCUAUCCACAGUUGCUAUCAAGGACGGUCAUCGAGGCCAUCUGCCUCACUCGCAUCAUUCACAAGCUGGUCCCACCUCGGGUACUUUGGAUGCUGAACGAGCCGACCGCAUCUCACGCCUUGCGGGCCUCGAGCGUGUCACGACUGCUCGUAAUCCCACCCCUACCUCCAACUUGACUCCCGGCAUCGCCGCUCCGCAUUCGACCGCCGUCAGUGGCUACUUCGAUUCACAGGGAAACCCCGUCAUGGGCCGCGAACGUAGCACUGUUGGUUCCGCUUCGGCAACUGGUAGCGUCGGCGGCCGCACUACCUGGGCCAGUGGAAGCGAUGUCUUCGACCACGACAAGAUGAGCGAAAGCCAGGACACGGAUAUGGAUACUUCAAGCCUUGGUGCAGCUUCCGAAACAAACAGCCUCGUUGGCUUUGGAGAAGGUGCUCGCACCCCUGCGCGCCACAGUGCCGUCGGUAGUCCCAGCGUAGCAAAGAACACUCCCACAGCAUCGGCUCUGCCCCAGCCCUUCCAAAGGGACGCCAGCCUGACUCCUGUCAGUGCUCAGGCCCAGUCAGAACAACACGACCUUCACAUGAUCGACCGCAGAACUCUCGACAGUGGUGCUGAGACUGCUGAGCGCAUCAUGCGUGAACGUCUUGGUCCAGACGGUGGUCACAGAGCUCUCGAGUCGCCCGAUUCUUCUCGCGGUCCGGGACGUGACUUGGGUAAAUUUUAUUUCGAGUCUGGCAAAUGA